UUCUCUUAUGAGAGAGUAGCAUCUAUAAAAUGGCGGGCGAGCAAUUCAGGCCGUUGAUUUCAUCGCCUCUCUCUGCUUCUUAUUUCUGUUCGUUGUGGGCGUUUGGAGAUGGGAUUUGUAGGGGAAUGGGCAAUGGCUGAUUUCAUAAAAGAGGCUGGUGGGUGGGCCGUGAUCGACGGUGGCCUCGCUACGGAGCUGGAGCGGUAUGGAGCCGACCUCAACGACCCUCUCUGGAGCGCUACAUGCCUCAUCAGCUCCCCUCACCUCAUCCGUCAGGUUCACCUAGAUUACCUUGAAGCUGGCGCAGAGAUCAUUAUCACAGCAUCUUAUCAGGCUACAAUUCAGGGUUUCCAGUCUAAAGGCUUGUCUAGGGAAGAAAGUGAAGCUUUACUGCAGAGAAGUGUUGAGGUUGCACGUGAAGCACGCAAUAUAUUUUGGGAGAGAUGUGAAGAAGGACCACAUGAUGGCCCUGCGGAUGGAAAAGUCUCCAAACGUCGUCGUAUAUUAGUUGCCGCUUCAAUAGGAAGCUAUGGGGCAUAUUUAGCCGAUGGUUCUGAGUACAGUGGGAACUACGGUGACACAGUUACAUUGGCAACUUUGAAAGAUUUUCAUAGGAGAAGAGUCCAGGUUCUUGCAGAGUCAGGUGCUGAUCUGAUUGCCUUUGAAACGAUUCCAAACAAGAUCGAAGCUCAGGCAUAUGUUGAGCUUCUUGAAGAAAAUGACAUAAAGAUUCCUGCGUGGUUUUCUUUCAAUUCGAAUGAUGGUGUUAAUGUGGUUAGUGGAGAUUCAUUGCCUGAGUGUGCCUCCAUUGCUGACUCAUGUAAGAAGGUCGUCGCCGUUGGAAUCAACUGCACCUCUCCUAGAUUUAUCCAUGGAAUGAUUCUCUCCAUUAAGAAGGUCACAGACAAACCAAUCCUCAUAUACCCAAAUAGUGGGGAGACGUACGAUGCAGAUAGGAAGGAGUGGGUGGGCUCUAAGAUUCACUUCAGUGCUCGACUCUGCCAAACUGAUACAACUUGCCAAGUCUGGCAUCUACGGAGGUUUCGGAUGAAGAUUUCAUUUCUUAUGUCAGCAAAUGGCGCGAAGUUGGAGCUUCCCUCAUAGGAGGCUGUUGCAGAACGACUCCAAAUACUAUCCGUGCAAUAUCAAGGACUCUGCGCAAGGAAUCCGUUUUACAAACAUCUCUGCCAUGACUGACUUAAAUUAAGGACUAACUUGGAGAGCUGUAAAUAUCAAUCGAGAAACUCAGAAUGGUUGGUCCAUAUGAAUCUGAAUUUUCGCUCUCUGUUGGUCA